ACUUUGUUACUAGACAGUUAAUUAGUAAUAGCGCAGUGGAGCAUAUGGCCAAAAGGGGCGGUUAAUAUAUGUAGGACGGUUAGCACUCAUCUACUACCCUCAUGUAUGGUAGAGAGAUAGGUUCCUGGUUUGUAAGCUCGUUAGAGAUGUCGAACAAGAAACGAGCCGCUCCGUAUUAUGAUGAUCCCGAGGCUACGACUAAGUUUCUACAAGAGGUCAACGAGGAUGAUAGCGACGAGGAAUGGAAUUUAACAUCAUUAGCCAGAAAGUCGGAUCAGGAUGUAAUACAAUACACAAAACGUGAGAAGUGCCUUACGUGGAUCACCUUUUUCCUUCUAGUCAUAUUAAUCAGUCUAUCAAUUGCCAUUUUCUACAUUAUAUCAACGCCACAUAUCAUUGGUUGCUAUGAUCCAGAAUGUAUAGAAGCAAGUAGUCAAGUUCUUAGUUAUAUGGAUUUUAAGGCCGACCCCUGCACGGACUUCUACCAAUACGCAUGUGGGGGAUGGCUUGAGGCAGCACGUAUCCCAGAUGGCAAGCCCAAAUGGGGAGCUUUUGCUAAAGUAUAUCAAGAUAAUCAAUAUAAGUUACGAAGUAUUCUUGAAGAAGAUGGCAACAGUUACAAAGGUGUUCCAUCAUUAUCAGUGAAGAAAGCUAAGAGCUACUAUAAAUCAUGUAUGGAUGAAAUUAAAUUGGAUGAAGUAGGGGUAAAGCCUGCUAUCGAGUUAAUCAACUACAUAGGUGGGUGGAGCCUUAUAGCUAAUAACAGUGAAGCCAAAAAAUGGGAGGAGUCUAGCUGGGACAUGACGGACACUCUAGUGAAAAUCCAUCAAUUGAAGGUUGACCCUCUGUUUGGUAUGUGGGUCAGUGCUGAUGAUAAGAACUCAAGUGCAAACAUCAUUCAAUUCACGCAAGCUGGAAUUGGUUUGAAGGCACCGGAAUAUUACACAAGUAAUGACACGACACUUCGUGAAGCAUACGUUCACUUUGGUGCAAGAGUUGCCGAACUGAUUACCUACAAUGGAAACAAGCUGGAAGCCAACGCUCAUCAUGAUUUGCAUGACAAGACCCACAAUGCAAUGCGUGAAGUGGUGAAAUUUGAAACUGAACUUGCCAAGAUUUUUGUAGACAAAAAUGAUCUGAGGAACCCUGAGAAAAUUUAUCAUAAGAUGCAGUUUGCUCAAUUACAGGAUAUGGCACCCAAUUUAAAAUUGAAAACAUUUAUGAAGAACAUAUUUGGAACCAUUGUGCCAACAGAUGAAAAUAUCAUUGUUUACACUCCAACUUACUUUUCAAAACUGAAUGAUUUAGUAAAAGCGACAUCAAAAAAACCCAUGAAGCUAGGCAAAGGUAGAACUACGGCUACCUGCAAUAAUGCAACUUGUAAUGGUUCUUAUGGUAUUCCUGUCAGAUUGACUGAAGAAAUGGUCACUGGUAUAAAAGAAGCAUUUAGUGAAAACCUUGAAGAUGUUGAUUGGAUGGAUGAUAAAACAAAACGUGUUGCCAAAGAUAAAGCAAACGCUAUUAUUGAUAAGAUAGCAUAUCCAGACUGGAUUGAGAGGCCAGCUGAUCUUGAUGAAUAUUACAAUAAGAGCGUAAUCCACGAGAAAGACUUUUUUGGUAAUAUACUGAAUGUGCGUAGAUUCUUCACCUACAAAAUGUUAAUAAGGAGACGACAACCUGUUGACAAAUCAGAAUGGGAGAUGAAACCUUCAGAAGUGAAUGCCUACUAUAGUGCUUCCACAAACAACAUUGUAUUCCCCAUUGGUAUAUUUCAACGACCCUUCUUUGGCGCCAAUUAUCCUAUGUCAAUCAACUAUGGUGGUAUUGGAAUGGUCAUAGGUCAUGAGUUGACUCAUGGUUUUGACAACGAAGGUCAUGAAUUCGACAAAUAUGGAAACCUCUUUAACUGGUGGGCAAACAGCUCAUUAGAAGCAUUCCAAAAAAGAUCACAGUGCUUCAUUAAACAGUACAGUCAAUUUAACGUCGAUGGCAACUAUUUUGAUGGAAUUUACACCCUUGGGGAAAAUAUUGCUGACAAUGGAGGGCUACUUCUUGCAUACAAGGCCUACAAAGCAUGGCAGAACAACAACCAUGAAACAAAGACUCUGGUUGGUCUAAAUUUGACAAGUGAUCAACAGUUCUUUGUAGGGUUCUCCCAAAUCUGGUGCACAUACUACACUCCAAAAUACCUCAAACAAGCCAUUCUGACUGAUCCUCACACAGUUGCUAAGUACAGAGUAAUUGGUUCUCUUUCAAAUUCCAAGGAAUUUUCAGAAGCAUUUAAAUGUUCAUCUGACAAGGCAAUGAAUCCAGAAGAUAAAUGUAAACUUUGGUAGGGAGAAAAGGUCAAGUGCCAACUUUAUGAACUCCGCAAUUGAGAAGGAGUGCUUCCAGUCACCUGAGCGUCAGGAUGAUCAUCAUCAUUAUCUUCUUAGGAAGCUGGCCAUUAUCUCGGUUUAGUGUUUCAGAUACAACAGACAACAUUUGUUCAAUCAUCAUCUUUUUUGGAAGCUGGCCAUUAUCUCGGGUUAGUGAGUCAAAUACAACAGACAACAUUUGUUCAGAAUUUGUCUGAUGAUACUAAUAUAAAAUUGUAAUUUGACAAUUCCAAGACAAUUAAUAUUCAAAUAAGUGAGUUUUUUAAGACUGAUUUGAAGGCUGUAACAGAAUCAGAAUGUUUAGUGGAAGAAAGCAGGAACUGCAAAAGUAUGUUGGCUAACAUUAAUUUGGCUGAAAUAUUUAGUGUUGGAACCGAAGAUAUUAUGAAUCUAACAAUUUUCUACUUUAUCAGAAAAAGUCUGAUGAAACAUAUCUAUUGGAGUCUGACAGAUCAACAUUUGAAAGUAAUGGACCUUUCCAGAGUUCAGUCAAACCAAGCUACUGACUAAUGAGAACAGGGCCAGCUUGAGCAUGUCCCAACACACAGGGGAAAUGUUAAUGCUACAGCCAAGCUUUGUCCUAAUAGAUGUUGGUGACCCACUUCAGAAUGACACUACAGAUGGAUUAAUGACAGUGAUGGUAGAGGAGUGCAAACCUUAUGGCCCUGUCACACCUUGACGAUUUAGUCAGCCUAUGCCAAACGUAUCAAAAUUUCUCUAAAAUGCUGGCAUAUGCUAAAAUAUCGAUGCUUUUUUUCGUAUUAGUAAAUUAUAUAGAACGUUUUGAUUACUUAUAAAAAACUUACACGAACGAAUGCUCAGUGUGUUGCCGGCAUUCACAACUUAUGCCCAGUGAUAGUCUAAUUUAUGCACAGCGCCCGGCAGCGUAUCGCUGAUUAUCACAUGUCAUAGCCUAUAAAAAGGCCGCUACUCGUCGAUUCAAAUCAUAACCUAACUCUAGACAUCGCAGUAUCAAAAUCAUAAUAUCGCCAUCACCCCAUUUUAAUAUACCUAUUCCCCUAAACUCUGCCAAUACGCCAUUAUACGAUAACUGUAAGUUAGAAACACGUUCAGUAAGUUUUUUUAUCGUCUGGAACUCGUAACGUGUGUCAAUGUGUGUCAACGAUCGCUUAACUUACCUACAACUUAUGGCAGCGUAUGCGGAACGUACGUGCCAUACGCUGGCAUACAUCAAAAUUUUUUGUGCAUGCACAAAUCUUUUCGACGUUCUCGCCGUACUAGGAUGUAUACAGGCGUGCUUCAGCGUGCUUAACUUAUUGGAAACUUAUCAAUAACUUAUUCGACGUACAUCAGCGUAUAUGCCAUUUUUUUCAUACGUCAGCAUACGCUGGUUAAAUCGUCAAGUGUGACAGGGCCAUUACUAAAACUGCGAGAAAUGCAAUACAAUUGGCACAUGUUCAACAAGCUGUCUAAAAUUUUUAUUCAUCUGCUGCAAGAAAUUCAAUACAUUCAUCUUUCUAUAUCUAUAUGCAAUGACCUGUCUUAAGACAAUCACUUUGGACAUUAAUAAACAAAGAUUCUAUGGAAUCAACAUCAACAUAAUUUAAGAAAAAAAGUCUUCCAAAUUGUACUUUUCAUUUGGCUGCUGAUAUCUUUGAAGGAAUAUUAAAAUAAAUAUAUUCUCAUUGUUUUUCUGUAACAUUCUAUCUAAAUAAUAUCUUAUAAACUCUGUUUUCAUGGAAUUUAAAAUGCAAAUACUGUAGUUAUUUUCAGAUCAGUACCUCUACAGUAUUUCAGAUUGUUGUCCAUAUCAAUGUUUCUCCCUUGUUUUUUUUUUUUUGUUUUUUUUUUUCAUUUAUAUCGGGAAGCUAUGAUGUUAAAUCUGUCGUAUUGGUUGUAUGAUAUGGCAGUUGUCCAAACAGAAGGCUUGUAGUGGAAAAAUGAACAAAAACUACUACAAUAUGUGUGUGCUAAUUUUGAUUUUGUAAAGCUUUUCUUCAUAUUUUUUUAAAGAUAUACUGUCUGCAUUGAGUUAAGAACAUUUGAUUUGCUGACCAUCCAUACUUAAGAAAGUUGUGCUUUCAAUAAACUUAGGCCGAUGCAUCAAAACUGCUGUUCCUAUAUUUGUUGAUUAUUAAUCAAUUUUUAUAUAUAGAUUAUUAAUCCUUUGUUGUUGUUUUUUAAUUUGUAUUUCCCUCUAGAAAUUUUGAUGAUGAUUUAGAAAGAAAUGAUGAUUUGUUCCAAUGUAAAUUUAUGUAAAAGUUAUAAACAUUAUUAAUAGUAUACCAUUAAUGUAUUUCACAUCUUUAAUAGUUAUUGGUAGCCUAUUCCAUUUAAAAGGGAAACUUAACUAGAGCAAUUUCCGACAUUUAUGCUAAAAGCUCAAAUUUUGCAUAUACCAUUUAAAUAUUUCCCUGCGCAUUUAUUGUAUAGAAGGGUUUUUGAGGAUGUGGUUAUUCGAGGGAGGCAUUUAUUUUUUGUUGUGUAAAAUGAAUACGUACUCAGAUAAACGCCUCUUAAUUUCACUGUAAAUGUAGAACCUCAACUAUUAAUUACCAUAAAAUUUGUUAUUGCGUGAUCUUAAAGACUUAUUAAUCCCAACCAGGUUUGAAAAAAUGUAAUUCUACUGGAGCAGAAUAUUAAUAGACUGUGUUGAGAAUGAUGUUGUUUCCAUUAAAUUGCUUACAGUCAUUUAGGAGGGCGUUUAUUCGAGGAAAAAAUAAAAGUCUCAUGGCGUUUAUUCGAGCAAGGCGUUUAUUUGGUCCUAUUAAAAUGAGCAAUUUAACUUUUAAAAUUACUUUUUGAGGGUUCCCCGAUUUCACUAUAGACAGUAUAUCUUUAUUACAUUGGUGUUAAGGAAUACUUUUAUUUGAAGAUUUUAAAACUGUAUAUGUUUAGUUAAUUCAUAUAUUUAUCAAAAUACAUUCUGUUUCAUAUUUUGGUUGAAAAUUAACUAUAUAUUUAUUAAUCUAUAAUAAAAAUAUUUAUAAUGGUGUACAUUAUUUUUACUUCUAUAAUAUAUAUAUACGUACAGUAACAAGAUUUUAUUUAAACCUUCGAAGUGUUUUUUUUUUCCAAGUAGUAGCUGAAAAGUAGUUGUGUUUAGUGGAUUUAUAAGGUACAGUAGUGUUUCUAAUUAUAUUUGUUUCAUAGUUAUAAGUUCUUCAAUGUAAAUAGUGCGCGUGCGCGUGGUGGGGUUAUUAAUGUAUGGCUGAAGCAAGUUGUCUCCUUAUUGAAACACGAUUUCCUUUUUUUUUUUACUUGUUGGAAUAUUUGUCUUUCAAAAUUGUAAAUUUUUAUCGUGUUUUCCACCAUUAUUGAAGAAUAUCUUGGUUUUCAUAUACUAACAUGUUGAAACCAUAAAACGUACGUUUACCUGAAUCUGAACCAUCAGCAAGGCUUUUCCAAUAAUGAAAUGUAGAUGGGAUGUCAAAUCUUCAUUGUAAAUUACCCUAUUUAGUAUUUGUAUUCAAUUCAUUUUGGCAAAACAUAAUACAGAAGCCGUACAUCUAUAUUUGGCUACAUUAUAUAAUAUUAAAAUCGGUGGAGAUAUAUCAUCUACGAAUGUGAAUCGCCUAGUCGAUGGCACGGGAUAUUUUAAAUAAAUUUUGGGCCCAUCUGUUACAUUGAUAUUGCGUGUAGGCCGGCAUUACUCAUCUGUGCUUUAUUUAACAGGUCUAAAGAACACAUUUUUUUUAAAUCUAACACGCUGGUAAUUUUUAAUCAUACAAUAUGAAGUGUUUUAUAUGAUUUAGGUUGUUUUCGAAAGUUAAAGAAAUUGGGACGGCUAAAACUGAAUUUCGCACGAGCCGACGCCAUCAUUUAUUUGUACUAAAAUGCCUUGAAAAUACUGAGCUAUACAUAUUGUGUUGCAGUGCAAAAAUAUUACACACAGUUUCUUCGUCUAAUCGCAACCGCUUUCUGAUCUUUAGUUCAAUCAGCGUAUAAUUAAUGCACUUGCUUUGACCAACUUCCGUAAAAGAUAAACCAAAACAACUUCAAGGAUAAAAUUAAACCAAAGAUCAUUUGGAGUUUAUAAGAUAAAUAAUGUGUUGUACUUUUAUUGGCAUGUUGCGUCUUCCAGUGAGUACCACAGUUUUGUAUCUGUCUUCCAAAGUUAUUUAUUGUUAUUAAUUAUUAUGAAUAAUAAUAAUACUAUUGUUAUCAUUAUUAUUGUUAUAGUUGUUAUUAUUUAACUGCAGAAUUUAUUAUAAUAAUAGAUGUGUUCUACGAUAUUUCAUGAUAUUGAGAAUUUAAAAAAAAACCACUACAUGUUAUUUUUUUUCAGAUAUGUAAGACAGCUGUAUCCGGGGUUAUCAAUAAGUUAUAAGGGAAUUUUCGAUCACGGAGAAUAUUUACGUCAUGUUAUGUGCACUUUGAUAUGAGCUCAUGACCGUAGGAAAAUCAGGAAUUUUAGCUAACUUAAUUACAAUCUCAUACCAUACCUUGUGAUCGAAAAAUUGGUUGGUUUAUGCAAUUAGGUAUCAAGAAUAUUUAGUAUUUGUACAGAAAAUCUGGAGAGGUUGGAAUAAAAUGUCUGUUUUUGAUCUAUUGAAACAAUGAAACGUUAAUAAACAAUUAACAACUCA